UAGAAAAAAGAGAAACAAAGCUGACCUCUCUCAGUCACAGCACAAGGCAAUGGGCCCUGGAACCUUUAAAUAGUGUUGGGGAGACAAACUAGCUCCUCUAGGAGGGUCUUGGAUGUUAGAAGUGCUCCAUAGGCUGCAGAUUAGUAGCUGAGCCCGGGACUGAAAUAGUGCUGGAGUUGCAGAACUGCCCCAAACAAGCAAGUUGCUCUGAAGCUCUUCAGAGAUCUGAGAGUGAAAUCUGUGCUGGGACAUGGAGGACAGCUUUCCCCCAGAGGAGAUCGGGUCUGGGCAAAGGCAUUUUCGGCUGUCUAAGACCAGCAUGCGGAGCGAGGAGAAGAGACUGAGGACUUUCCGGCAGUGGCCAGAGAGCUCACCUGUCUCUGCCACAGACCUGGCUAAGGCUGGCUUUUUCUUCCUGGGUCCUGGCGACCGAGUGCAGUGCUUCUGCUGUGGUGGUAUCUUGAGGAGCUGGGAGGCUGAGGAUCAACCCAUGCGAGAGCACCAAAAAUUUUUUCCUACCUGUAAGUUCAUCUGUGGUGAAGAUGUUGGCAACCAGCAGAUGCUCCCCUUUCUGGAGAUCUUGGACUAUGUGGAUGGGCAGAUCCUCAGCCUCCUACAGAGGAUGGAUGUGGAAGAAGCAGCCCUGCCCAGUCAACCAGAAUACCCGGAGAUGGAAACGGAGGCGAUGCGACUAGCCACUUUCCAGAGCUGGCCACCGUACACAGAGCUGUAUCCUGAGCAACUGGCCAGAGCAGGGUUCUUCUAUACAGGUCAAGGUGACACUGUGAGGUGUUUUUACUGUGAUGGCAGCUUGAGGAACUGGGAGCUUGGAGAUGACCCCUGGAGGGAACAUGCCAAGUGGUUUCCAAGGUGUGAGUUUUUGCUGCAGUCAAGGGGCAGAGACUUUGUAAGCAGUGUUCAGGACUCUGACUUCAACACUCUAGUAGCUCCAGGAGGCUCCUGGCAACGGGCUGAACAAGAUCCCCCUGUACCUCAAGAUUCUGUGGGGAAUCGGGAAUUGUCAUCUCCUCCUCUGGAUCAGUCUUCCGUAGUGCAGAAUGUCCUGCAGAUGGGCUUUGACCACAGCUUGGUGAUGAGCUUGGUCCAGAGUAGACACCUGCUGACUGGCACCUGCUACUUAUCUGUGUCGGAACUGGUCUUGGAUCUGCUUCAGGUAGAUGGGGAAGAGAGCAGCAGUGCAGAAGAAAGAGAGCGUACGGAGAGAGAGACAGGUAUGCCAGGACAGAGACGAGACGCACAGGCUGAGUGCUCAAAAGAAUCAGCAGAGUCUCCACUGAGUACGGAGGAGAAGCUGCGACGGUUGCAGGAGGAGAGGAUGUGCAAAGUGUGCAUGGACAAAGAUGUGUCCAUUGUAUUCGUUCCUUGUGGCCACUUGGUGGUGUGUGCAGAAUGUGCCCCCAGCCUGAGACGAUGCCCCAUUUGCAGAGCGGUCAUCAGGGGAAGUGUGAGGACUUUCAUGUCCUGAAUCAUGGGAAUCUCCAGUCUGACUGCCACUGAUGGCAGCCCCUUUUCCAACACAGAAGGUGCUCCACGAGGAUACCUCCCUAGAAAUGAUGUUCCUAGUCUAUUACUAGCAGUCUGGGUUACUGAACAACCUCCCAGAAGUGUCCUGCAGAGCUUCUUCCAUGCCUGCUAGGAACCAUCCCUUUGCUGGAAGAUGACCAUGGAAAAGUUCAGUCCUAAAUUUUUUCCAUUUACAGGAUGAGUGGUAACUUCUUUUAGUUUAAAUCUGAUGAUUCUUGUCUGGAAUUGUGAUUUUAUUUUUAAGAAAUUGUUAGAUCUUUGAGCAGAUAAAGGAAAGUUUGCCUGCAGAGUAACUUAUUCAUGGAUUUGAAAAAAUGAUUUGCUAAGUCUGUAGAUUUAUACUUCACAUUUUG